GCAGCGCGGCGCGCGGGGCUGGGUGCGGGCGCAGUGGAGCCUCGCGUCGCCUGCUCUACCCGCCGGAGGACCGGACCCCUCAGGCUCCAGCUCCAGCAGGUCCGGGGCGCGCCCGGGAAUCUGUGUGCUCCCCAGGGCCCAGGGCGGUGGGGCGCCGCGGCUUCCAGAGCCUGGGCUCCGGUUCCUGUUCCCGAGACCAUCCCCGCAGGACCCGGCCCCAGUCACGGAAUUUUCUGCACUGCUGAAUCACGCGUGGGCAAGCCCGCCGUCCAGACCAGGACUGUCCCGCGGAUGGCCGAGAGCCCUCGUGGGCCUGCAGAUUCUGAAAAGAUUUCAUCACCAGGAGGUUUGCCCGGCUAUCACCCGGCCACUUGUUUUCGUGGCGGCCUCCUGGUGACGAUGGCCGCGUGAACGCCCGCCAUGGCCAACUGCGCGCGUCAGAGCCCGGCAAGCAGCAUGCUGGACCACAGGGUGAAGCCGGGCCCCGGCCCCCAUGGCCAGGAGCCCGAGAGCCAGGACGCAGAGCUGCCCCUGGAGGAGUACGAGCCCCAGGGACUGGAGCUGGCGGCCCUGCGGCCCGAGAGCCCCACACCCCCCGAGCAGAGCUGCCACGACCACAGCCCCGACGGGGACUCCAGCUCCGACUACGUGAACAACACCUCGGAGGAGGACGACUACGACGAGGGCCUGCCUGAAGAGGAGGAGGGCGUCACCUAUUACAUCCGCUACUGCCCCGAGGACGACAGCUACCUGGAGGGCAUGGGCUGCAACGGCGAGGGCUACCUGGCCCACAGCACGGGCCACCUGGAGACGGACGAGUGCCAGGAGGCCGUGGAGGAGUGGACGGACUCGGCCGGGCCGCGCCCCCACGGCCACGCGCGCGAAGGCAGCCGGGACUACCGCGACAGCCGCCUCCCCAGCCCAGACGACGAGGCCUCCGUCCUCGAAGCCCAGGACCAGGAAGAAGAUGUCCACUACUGUCCCAGUGAGGAGGGCUACCAGGGCUACUACCCCGCCGAGGCAAACGGGAACGCGGGCGGCGCGUCCCCCUGUCGCCCGCGGCGCGGGCAUGGGGACCUGGAGGACCAGGAAGAGGAUAUCGACCAGAUCGUGGCUGAGAUCAAGAUGAGCUUGAGUAUGACGAGCAUCGCCAGUGCUGGAGACGCCAGCCCUGAGCACGUGCUGGUGCCAGGGCCGGCGCAGGAGCCUGGGGACUCCAUGGAGGCCGGCCCGCCCGGCGAGGCCAGCCAUGGCCCCAGCAGACACGAGGGGAGGCCCAAGUCACUCAACCUCCCUUCUGAAGCCAAGCUCCCCAGAGACCCCCAGAGAGGCUUCAAGACCAAGAGCAGGACCCCCGAGGAGAGGCCUAAGUGGCCCCAAGAGCAGGUUUGCAAUGGUUUGGAGCAGCCGAGAAAGCAGCAGCGUUCCGAUCUCAAUGGACCCGUUGAUAAUAACAACGUCCCGGAGACAAAGAAGGUGGCAUCGUUUCCAAGCUUUGUGGCUGUUCCAGGGCCCUGCGAGCCGGAGGACCUCAUCGAUGGCAUCAUCUUCGCUGCCAACUACCUGGGGUCCACCCAGCUGCUCUCAGAGCGGAACCCUUCCAAGAACAUCAGGAUGAUGCAAGCGCAGGAGGCCGUCAGCCGGGUCAAGAGGAUGCAGAAGGCUGCCAAAGUCAAGAAAAACGCGAAUUCUGAGGGGGACGCCCAGACCCUGACCGAAGUGGAUCUCUUCAUCUCCACCCAGAGGAUCAAGGUGCUAAAUGCGGACACACAGGAAACCAUGAUGGACCACGCCUUGCGCACCAUUUCCUACAUCGCCGACAUCGGCAACAUUGUGGUCCUGAUGGCCCGGCGGCGCAUGCCCCGCUCGGCCUCGCAGGAUUGCAUCGAGACCACGCCCGGGGCGCAGGAGGGCAGGAAGCAGUACAAGAUGACCUGCCACGUGUUCGAGUCCGAGGACGCCCAGCUGAUCGCCCAGUCCAUCGGCCAGGCUUUCAGCGUGGCCUAUCAGCAGUUCCUGCGGGCCAACGGCAUCAACCCCGAAGACCUGAGCCAGAAGGAAUACAGCGACGUCAUUAACACCCAGGAGAUGUACAACGACGACCUCAUCCACUUCUCCAACUCGGAGAACUGCAAGGAGCUGCAGCUGGAGAAACACAAGGGGGAGAUCCUGGGCGUGGUGCUGGUGGAGUCGGGCUGGGGCUCCAUCCUGCCCACCGUGAUCCUGGCGAAUAUGAUGAACGGAGGCCCUGCCGCGCGCUCCGGGAAGCUGAGCAUUGGGGACCAGAUCAUGUCCAUCAACGGCACCAGCCUGGUGGGGCUGCCCCUCGCCACCUGCCAGGGCAUCAUCAAGGGUCUGAAGAACCAGACGCAGGUGAAGCUCAACAUCGUCAGCUGCCCACCGGUCACCACGGUCCUCAUCAAGCGGCCAGACCUCAAGUACCAGCUGGGCUUCAGCGUGCAGAAUGGCAUCAUCUGCAGCCUCAUGCGAGGGGGCAUCGCAGAGCGAGGGGGCGUCCGCGUGGGACAUCGCAUCAUUGAGAUCAAUGGGCAGAGCGUGGUGGCCACGGCCCACGAGAAGAUAGUGCAGGCUCUGUCCAACUCGGUCGGAGAGAUCCACAUGAAGACCAUGCCCGCUGCCAUGUUCAGGCUCCUCACGGGCCAGGAGACCCCGCUGUACAUCUAGGCCGCCCAGGAGGCCGGACCCAAGACCUGACCCCUGACCCCACAGCCCACCAAGGACACUGGCUCCCUAGAGGGGGGCCCUCACCACCCACUUGUUUUUGGACAAAAAGGGGGUAUGUCUUUGUUGAAGGAGAGUCACAGGAACCAGUCUUUGUAGAAGAGUCAAGUAUUUGCCGCGUCCUGAACCGUCUUCUCAUUGCGACUAUUUCUUUGUACCUGUGUGGUGUGGAGUCUCCGCCCUGGAGCCCAGACAGGGAGCGCGGUGCUUGGACGUGGCUGUGAAGGGAGUCAGUCCGCGAGGAUGGCGGGCGCCGGGGGCAGCUGUGAGGGGAGUCUGGGGUGCUGUUGGGGGCACCCUGCCGGCCCCCAACGGGCUGAUUGUGCUGCUGCUUCCUCUGUGGGAGCCCGGGCAGCCCAGCUCUCAGGACGUCGCUGUAACUGAAGUUGGGGAACCCGUGAUUGUAUCGGACGAGAAAGGAGCCGCUCCUGAGUUAAAUAAAGGAUGGUGGCCUCCGCAUGGAACUCCACAUUUAUUUAGACAAGACCAGUGUUCUUUUAUUUCGACAAGCCGUUCUUCAGACUUGAGGGUUUUCGGAUGACCCCUGCCCUCACCGGUCUGGUCUCUGUGGAUCUGCCUGGGCACCAUCCUCCAGACGGGGCAGCUCGCUCCUCCAAGGGGCAAGGACAGCUGCCCAGGCGCCGGCCAUCUAGUCACAAUCCCCUUCUACACACGCACUCCCCCCACAACACACAGGGCCCACCAGAGAACGCGACCUCUGCCAUUCCCGGGGAGACCGGCGGUGAGUGGGGGCUCCCGGGCGGGCCAGGUGCCAUCACCACGAGCAGUGUUAGUGUGUGCAAAUCAAGUACAACGUAGCCUAGUUCAGUCCCUUUAGAGAUCAGUGUGACCUGACGUCAUUUUGUCCGCAGUCUCUUUUUUUGGCCCCGGCCUUGAAGAAUACACUGUGACUUCAGAAGCCUUACCAUGCAGUAACUAAAGCUAGGAUUACUGUAUCCAAGGAGUGACCUGUGUGUUGCAUGCAGCCCACCUUAGGAAGACUUGCUAAUACCACUAAUAAACCUGACGUCAUGACGAAAA